AUGUAUACCAACCUGCGGCGGGGCCGCCGGAGGGAGUUGAACCGAGGAGGGGCGAGGAAACCGGGGCCUCGGAGCGAUGAAGACGGCGCCGGCUUCCCGGCUCCCGCCACCAGUCGGCAUCGCGAGGCACAGACUCUGGGAUCCUCCUUUCCUCUGGCCGUCGAAUCCUCCCCGCGGAUCACGGCUUCCGGGACCAACAGCCUGGCCACCAGCACGGCCAUUGAUGGAUUCUACGCCUACUUCUUCAAGGGACACCCGUUUGUGCUGCCUCGACCCCAUCUCAUGUGCCAAUAUGACGGAGACCCCGCAACAGUCGCAAGUUUGGCCGUCAUCAUGAACUUGAUUGGCUCGUUGUACGUCCACGAUGGCCGAUCGGGCAUGUACCGGCAGGACGCAGAACGGGUCCUGCAGAAACAAAUGCCGUCCAACGGCUUCAGUGUUCAAGCUCUCUUGCUCUUCGCCCUUGUUUCGGAAUGGAGCGGCGAGAGAGACGCCGUCUUGGAGGAGAGCUGGCGACGGACCUGGUGGGAGCUCUACGUUGUCGACGCUCUUUUUGCUGGCAUUCGGCACUGGCCAACCUUUUCCAUGUGGACUGUGGAUGCUGAUGUCGAUCUCCCUGGCGAAGAGGUGUGCUACACGGAAUCCAGCAUUCUUCCUCCACGGACACUGACGGAAUACGACAACCGUGGGUUCGAAGACUGCGAGAAGGACUUUUCGUCCUUUACAUAUCUCAUCGACGCGACUCGCAUACUCGGAACGUCGCUGGCUGCUGGAGACAUCGCCGGUGGAUCGCCGUCGUCGCUCGUCAAGAAUGCAGAAGCAAACAUCAUGAGCUGGCACCUGCACCUCCCGCAAAGCAAGCGAGAUCCGGUCCGUGUCGACGGCACCGUCGACGAGGUUCUCUUCCGGGCUCACAUGGUGAUCAACACAGUGGCCACGCACCUUCACAGACCGAGGUCCACGCUUCACUACAGCACAAUGGAGCUGCUGUGCUCCAACUAUGCGCCGCCAUUACCUGCCGAGGUCGUCCCUCCCGAGGAGAAGCACUACGACAGGCACACGCAUAAGGCGAUCCGUGCGGCCAUGACCUUUGUUGACCUGCUCACGGUGCCCACGUCGCCGACGAGCCACAGCCCGUUCGUCAUGUGCAUGGGCUCGCUGGCGAUGGCGACGCACAUGUCGGCAUGCGAGCACCAUCUGAGGGGCGUCGAGCAUGCUCGCGCCAAGGACCGCGUCCGCGUCUUUCUCGGAAUCCUCAAAGCUUUCGAGGGCAUAUGGUUGCAGGCGUCAAAGUGGUCCGGCGAGAUCAAACUUAUGGCCAAGGCCGUGUUUGAGAUUCGAGAUGCACAUGGGAACCUCAUGUUGGGCCCUCUCGGCGCGGUUCCGCAAGUGGGCGACGAAACUUUCCCCAGUUCGCGUGUUGAGUACCUAGAUGUUACACCCUCCGGCAGCUCUCUAGAUGCCAUGUUAGAUGACGUGACUUUUGACAAUAUUGGAGACAUCUAG